CCAAUCAUCAGCUGCCAGGGCUGAGGAGCAUUUACUGAUUGCAGGCCACACUGUAGCUUACAGCAUAUAUACUACACAAGCUUUUAUAAAGAUACACACGUUUAACAUGUAUUGAAUUGUAAUCUCUUAACAUAUAUUCUGCAUUUACUGUACAAAAAUGAAAACAGUACAGUGAUUUUAUGUUUCUUUAUUUUUCAAGGAGUGCCAUGGUAGACCCACCUGAUUAUGAACAAAUAGAAGAAAUUAGGGCUGUGCUGCAAACCUACGGGCCUGCCUCAGCAGCUGCAAAGAUCCAGGAGCAUAUGAAGCAGCAGAAUAAUAUUCCAUUAAAUAUUGGCAUCACAGGGGAGUCUGGCUCUGGUAAAUCCACCUUUGUUAAUGCCUUUAGAGGCAUAGACAACAGAGAUGUGAAGGCCGCUCCUACUGGUUGUGUAGAAACCACCUCAGAUGUUACACCAUACCCCCAUCCAAACUAUCCCAAUGUCACGUUGUGGGAUCUCCCUGGCAUUGGAACCACCAGCUUUCCAGCUGACAAGUACCUGCAGCAUGUUGGAUUUGAGAGGUUCGACUUCUUCAUCAUCAUCUCAGCUGAUCGCUUCAGAGAAAAUGAUGUGAAACUCGCUCAGGAGAUUCAGAGGAUGGAGAAAAAGUUCUACUUUGUUCGCUCAAAGAUCGACCAGGACUUACGUAAUGAAGAAAGAAGUCAGAGGGAGUUCAACGCAGAAAUAACUCUGACACAAAUCAGAGAAAACUGCAUUCAAGGUCUUCAGAAACAAGGUGUUGAGUCUCCUCAGGUCUUCCUGGUGUCCAGCUUUGAGCUCCACCUGUAUGAUUUCCGUCUGUUAGAGGAGACUCUAGAGAGAGAACUUCCUGCUCACAAGAGGAACACUCUGCUGUAUGCCCUGCCCAAUAUCAGCCGUGGGAUCAUCAACAAGAAGAAAGAGGUUUUACAGUCAACUGUAAAGUACUACGCCUCUCUGUCUGCAUUUGUAGAAUCUGCACCAAUCCCUGGGUUCACUGUCAUCAUUGCUGAUCUAAACAUUGCAUUUAAAGCCAUCAAAAGGUACCAAGUUACUUUUGGUCUUGAUAGCGAGUCACUGCAGAAUUUUGCUCUUAGUGCAGGCGUGUCUGUAGCUGAUCUUAGAGCAGUUAUGACUUCCCCAGCAUCUGCAAUAGAGAUAAACAAAGACCUUGUUUCUAACGUGAUCUACUUGUCUUCAGGCCAAACUUUAAUAACGGCAGCAGAAGAAGCAUACAGAUUCAUUCCAAUGUUUGGAAUCCUAGAAGCAAUGACCCUCCCAUUUAUCACCACCCACAAUGUGCUCAGUAUUUCCCUCAGCAUGCUCGCUGAGGAUGCACAGAGAGUAUUUACGAGGGCCCUGGCUUUAAACACCUCAGUGUGAUAUCAUAAAUGAAGAGAAAUAUGGCACAUUUAAAACAUUAGUGUUUAAAUAGCAUUUGAAUUCAACAGUCACUUCUUUACCUGAACUCCAUGCAUUUCACCUUAUUGAACAGAUUUAGUACUUAGUACUUACUUCAAGGUCUCCCUACUGCA